AUGUGCUCAAUGUGCUUCUGUCCCACCUGCCCGCCGACUCUACCUUGUGGCUCAGGCCCUUGUCGCUUUGACUGUCCUCUGCCGCCGCCGUGUUGCCAACCAUGCUGUCCCCCACCUGUACCUUGCACGCCAUGUCCACCGUGCAUAUGUAAACCCACUUUCAGGCAAUGUCCAGCUCCAGUUAUUCCAGAUUUUGUUCCUCCUAUAGUACCGAUGCUUCCAUGCUGUAAGCCACGUAGGGCACCGCCGUCCGACCCACCACCGUACCCUGCACCGAAAGCCGUUUGUUGUCCUCCUAUUUUACCUUGCUGUCCACCACCUGAGCCUUGUGACCCUCCUCCGGCUGUUCCAUGUGUGGAGCCCAUUAGGUGCUAUCAACCAGUUUUACCCUGCUGCAAUCCCCAAUGCCCACCCCCUAUUCUCCCGAAACAGCGACCGAUAUGCCCGCGAGCCCCUCCGUGUUCUUACCCUUGCUUGCCAGUUGCCCGCAGCUCUUGUACGGAUUGUGAAAUGGAUCCUGUAACAAGGCGAAGGCCGUUAAUUGUACACGACAGCGUUUUCCAGAAGAGACCCUCAGCGUUUCCAAAAGACUGUUUCCAAAGGAAAAACCCUAAUGUUCGCUAUACUGUCAACAACUAUAUCAAACAGGUGCCUACGUGA